AAAAGAAAUUACAGUAAUGGAAGAAACUCCAGAUUUAGCAAAAAGAAAUGAAGGUGAUACUGUCGAGGUGUUAUAUGGCGAUGAUUAUUAUCAGGCGAUUUUAAUCAAGCGAAGCGAAGAUAAACAAUUUCUUCAAAAAAUUAACAUUUCGGUAGAAGGAGAAAUUAUCCCUAAAAAUAAAAAAGGAAAAAUGAACAUCAAGAAUAAAAAAAAAUCGGAUAGCGAAAAAGCUGCGGAAAAAUUGAAAAAAAAUAUGAGGAUGGUAACAAAUAAAAUAUUGGAGAAUCACAUCUCAAAAAAAAUUUCACUUCCAGUGAAUAUUAUCAGUUCUCAAAAUAAAGAAAGCGAAGGACAAGGAAAUGAUAAAACAGAAAUGCAGAAAAUUGAUAAAAUAGUUUGGAAAGGAAAGGGAGACAAUGAAGCUACAACAAGUGAAAAACAAUUAAAUGAGAAAGGAAAAUUAAAGAAAAGUGAGAAAGAUGUGAAGAAAGACAGUAAAGCUUCAAGAAAUAAAAUGCAAGAAAGGGAAGAUGAAGAAAAUGAUAAAUUGAAAAUGAAGAAGAUUGAACAAAAAGAAGAAAAGAAAAAAACGGUCAAUGAUAGUAUGAAAAAUAAAAAGGAAAAAAUGGAUCUGAAAAAAAAUGAGAAUAGUGAAACAAAAUUUGAGCAAAAAGAGAAAAAAGUUGAGAAAAAUAGUGAUGGUGCAAUAAAUGAUAAAAAAGAAAGGGAAGAGCAAGAAAAUAAAAGAAAUGAAAAAAAUAGUAUUGAAGAUAUAAAAAUUAAUAAAAAAGAAAAUGAGAAAAAAAAAUUAGAAAAAGAAAAGAAUAUUAGUGAAGAUGAUAAAAAUAAAAACAAAAAAGAAAUUGAAAAGCAAGAAAAUGAGAAAAAAAAAUUGAGAAAUGGAAAGAACAGUAGUGAAAAUAUGAAAAAUAAUAAAAAAGAAAUUGAGAAGCAAGAAAAUGAGGAAAAAAAAUUGGAAAAAGGAAAGAAUAGUAGUGAAAAUAUAAAAAAUAAUAAAAAAGAAAUUGAGAAGCAUGAAAAUGAGAAAAAAAAAUUAGAGAAAUGGAAAAAUAAUAGUGAAGACACAAGAAGUAAUGAAAAAGAAAGUGAAGAGCAGGGGAAUAAGAAAAAAGAGGAAAAAGAUGAGAAAAAUAGGGAAGAUACAAUAAAUAAUGAAAAACGAAGUGAAGGGCAAGUAGAAAAGAAAAAAGAGGAAAAAAGAGUCAAUAAUAGUGAAGGCACAAGUAGUAAUGAAAAAAAAGUGAAGAGCAAGGGAAUAAGAAAAAAGAGGAAAAAGAUGAGAAAACUAGGGAAGAUACAAUAAAUAAUGAAAAAGGAAGUAAAGAGCAAGAAGAAAAGACGAAAGAGGAAAUAAGAUUCAAUAAUAUUAAAGACACAAGUAGUAAUGAAAAAAAAGUGAUGAUGAAACAAUAGAUGAAAAUGAAGAAAGUCAAUCUUCUACUGUUUUUACAGAAUCAGAGAUACUUACAUCAAAACUCAUAAAUAUAUUUGAUGGAUUGGGUACCUAUAACUUCUUUAUAACCAAUACACUUGUAUUUUUUAAUUAUUCCCGUAUAAAAAAGAUCCGAUCAGCCCACUCGUCGUAAAGGCCCCUACCGGGAACCCUCACCUUCUACGCGGAUUAUUUCCGUUAAAUUAUUCAAAUAUAAAAAUUAUUACAAAUAAAAAAUAUAUAUUUUUUGCAGAUGUAACUCAGGAUACU